AUGCGGGAAGACCUCAACGCAUGGGGAAAUGAGCUGAACUACUACGUCGUAGCUUUCAUUGCAUUUUCGCAGUCUGAGAUCAAGUACAGCUGGCACCUGUACAUUUUGCGUGCCAUCACUGGCUUCUUAGAAGCUUCGUCCUUUGGAGGCACCCAUCUCAUUCUUGGUAGUUGGUUCAAGAACGAAGAGCUCUUUAAGCGUGCCGGAGUUUGGUUCAUGGGCAACUCCCUCGGCUCCAUGUUUUCAGGGUAUCUCCAGGCGGCAAUUUUUCGCAAUUUGAAUGGAGUCCUUGGGCGUUCUGGAUGGAGAUGGCUCUUCAUCGUACAAGGCAUUAUAACCUUGCCCAUCUCCUUCCUAGGUUUUGCGUUUUGGCCUGGCUUGCCCACCUCGCCGAGGAGAUGGUACUUCACCGCAGAAGAUCAUGCACUUGCUGUGAAGAGGAUUCCGACUGUCGAGCAAGAGGGUAUCACCUGGAAGACGUUCAAGUACACGCUCUCCCGCCCAAUGUGGUGGAUCUGUGUUCCUUGCUACAUCUUCUUGUGUCAGGCGCAUUACUGGACAGGCUACAUGGCUUUAUGGCUCCGCGCUGCUGGAUACUCGAUUGAAUUGGUGAACAUUCUGCCGACCUUCAUUGACCUUUUGCGCGCUUUGUCUUCGUGGCUUGGAACGACAUUGGCUGGUUGCUUGAGUCUUCGUGGACUCUGGUCCUUCCAGGCGUCCUUCGUUCUAUUUGCAUGCAUCGUCUUGUCGGUAUGGAAUGUCCCUGACAUCCUGAAGUUUUGCGCCUUCUACUUUGGAGGUUUCUCCGGCAUGGCUUCCCCAAUCCUGUAUUCCUGGCUCAACUCCACUCUCAAGGAGAACUACGGUGAACGGGGUCUCAUCAUUUCUUCUAUGAUGACCUUGGGUUUCUGCGGUCAGAUCUGGGUUCCUUUAUUCACUUUCCCGACAGUUGAAGCACCGCGGUAUCCUCACGGAUAUCCUGCGGCCACCGUGUUCGAGGUGGCCAUGUGGGCAUUUUUGAUGUUUGGCACAUGGUACAUGAAGAGGUGGAAGCUGAAGCAUCCGGACCUGGAGACGAGGCUGGCGAAUGAGUCUACCGCGCAAGAGGGCUCUUCGGUUCUGGGGUCCGACUCAGACAGGCUUGAUGCAGAGGCUGGCGUUUCGGAAGAUAAGGGCAAAGGCGAAGAAAUGGUGGCAACACAAUCCUUGACCCCCAAAACCCGAGUUCUUUUGCAAGGUCGGCAAUAG